AAAAGCAACCAACCCACCCCACCCCACCCCGAAGGUUUCCUUCCUCUUCCUCUUUGCUCUUGCUCUCUCUCCCCUCCUCCCCUGCUCGGCUACUCGUCAAGCCAGGGGAAGAACCCAGCCCCGCCCCGCACGCACAGGGUCGCCCACGCCACGCAUACGCAGCCGCAGCGGAGGGCCAUCCGAUGGGCUGCUGUGGCUCCUCGCUGCGGGCGGGGAGGCACCCGGAGAAGAAGCCGCCGGGCAGGGCGGCGGGGGCGCACCCCCCGCACCGCCCCUCCUACUCGCUGAACCAGCACCAGGCGCCGACGCCCUCCGCGGCUGCUCGCGCGGGUGCCGGCGGGCGCCAGGUGCCGCUGCUCAAGGAGUUCUCGCUCGCGGAGCUGCGCGCCGCCACGGGCGGCUUCGCGGCGGAGAACAUCGUGUCCGAGAGCGGCGAAAAGGCGCCGAAUUUCGUGUACAAGGGCCGCCUCGAGGCCAGCCGCCGCGCGAUCGCCGUCAAGAAGUUCACCAAGAUGGCGUGGCCCGAUCCCAAGCAGUUCGCGGAGGAGGCCAAGGGGGUCGGGAAGCUGCGCCACUGCCGCCUGGCCAACCUGAUCGGCUACUGCUGCGACGGGGACGAGCGGCUGCUCGUCGCCGAGUUCAUGCCCAACGACACGCUCGCCAAGCACCUCUUCCACUGGGAAAAUCAGACAAUUGAAUGGGCUAUGCGUCUGAGAGUUGCAUACUACAUCGCUGAAGCACUGGAGUAUUGUAGCACUGAGGGAAGGCCUUUGUAUCAUGACCUCAAUGCAUAUAGGGUCCUCUUUGAUGAGAAUGGUGAUCCUCGUCUUUCAUGCUUUGGCCUGAUGAAAAACAGCAGGGACGGGAAAAGUUAUAGCACAAAUCUUGCAUAUACACCUCCAGAAUAUUUGAGAAAUGGAAGAGUAACAUCAGAAAGUGUCAUAUUUAGCUUUGGCACUAUACUGCUGGACCUCCUAAGUGGAAAGCGUAUACCUCCUUCCCGUGCUCUUGAUAUGAUAAAAGGCAACAAUAUCCAAGUACUGAUGGAUUCACAUUUGGAGGGAAACUACUCAACAGAUGAGGCAACCACAUUGGUUGACCUUGCCUCUCAGUGCUUACAGUAUGAACCUAGGGAUCGGCCCAACACUAAAAAGCUGGUUUCCGUACUUGAGCCCUUGCAAAUAAAAUCAGAGGUACCAUCCUAUGAGAUGCUUGGCAUUCCAAGGUAUGAAGAAGAAGCAUCUCCCCCUCCACAACCACAACACCCUCUUUCACCCAUGGGUGAAGCCUGUUCUAGGAUGGAUUUGACAGCUAUCCAUCAGAUUCUAGUGAGUACACAUUACAGGGAUGAUGAAGGGAGUAAUGAGCUAUCGUUCCAGGAAUGGACACAGCAGAUGAGGGACAUGUUGGAAGCUAGGAAACGCGGAGACUUUGCUUUUCGUGAUAAAGAUUUCAAGGCAGCCAUAGAUUGCUACACACAGUUUGUUGAUGUGGGGACGAUGAUAUCACCAACAGUGUACGCAAGGCGGAGUUUGUGCCACCUCAUGUGCGACCAACCUGAUGCCGCCCUCCGCGACGCAAUGCAAGCACAAUGUGUGUACCCAGAUUGGCCAACUGCAUUCUACAUGCAAGCUGUUGCGCUCUCAAAGCUGAAUAUGCAGAGCGACGCUACAGACAUGUUGAAUGAGGCGUCGCAGCUUGAAGAGAAGCGGCAGAAGAACACAAAACCUUGAAAGACCCUCUCAGCCCCGGUUCCUUUUGCGGCUCAAAAAGGUUUAUGUUGAGACAUGCUGCUCGGUCCUUCCUAAACAUUGUGGUUAGUUCCUGGUCUAGGGGUUGGGAAUGUAACUGGGGGGUGUGCUGUAGAGUCCUGUGAUUGUCACUACCUGGUUUGGCAUUUCUGUGAUGCAUUUUUUGGGCCCGUGUACAUGUUACAUUGACAAAGGUCGAAACAGGCAGAAUGCAAGGGAAUUUUACUUCUGGUUGUCAAAA